AUGGCUUUUCAAGUCCCAGCCAGCUCCAGCCCGCCCUCAACACCAGACAGAAGAUCUGGCAAUAGCAAUACCUUCCCGUUCAGCGUAAACUUCUCGACGACUCCGGCAGGCCCUCCGCCUUCUUCGACCGCCUCGUUCACUCCAGCUGGACAGCCGCCGUCACUGUAUGGAAGCUCUGUUAUGGGCGGCACACCCUUGAAGCCUCUCUCGUUCUCUCAAAAUUCCGCAUUCAACCCAGCGUCUUCCCCGCCAGCCAACUUUAGAAGACCAGCUGCUCCUCCAGCCCGGUCUGGCCUCAGUCAUGAGUAUCAAGCCUCCCCUCAACUUCAACGAUCUUUCCGAGCCCUAUCGAGUAAAGAUGGAGAUGAGUACGAUGACGAAGACGAUAACCAAUUCAACGACAGCCAAAGAUAUGGAGAAUUCGCAGAUGAAAUAGAAGAUGACAGUCAUUACGAAGAGGAUUCAGCGGACGCUGAUAUGGAUGAUGGUGGAUCUGAAUUUCCAACUUCAAGAACAGGGGGUAAUAGAUACUCUCAGCAGAGUCUACGCUCGACGCCAGGAGGCCUUAAAAGAAGUAGAGAGGGAGAACUGCUUGAAUUUGGAGAUUCGGUCGCCCUGUCGAUAUCGCAGCCCGAAAUAUCACAGUUUAGAGCCAUCGCGAAGGACUUGUAUUCCCGGAUGGAACCACCACCACUAAAAGAGUCGGACGAGCUCGUUCUCACUACUGAAACUAUCAUGGAAAAGCUAUAUCAAGAGGGCGUGGGCGCAUCGGACGACGAUGAUCAAAUUGAAGAGGCAUUGACAUCAGUUACAAAGGAGCUUGUCGAGGUCUGGGCAGCUUACCGCAGCCAAAUCGCUGUUGUCCACUCCGAGGAAUAUACAGCGAGCAUUGGCCCGACCUCCGGGGCGCCAGAUUUUGAGAAGGCAGAAUUUCUGGCCGAUCUCACUUUACAGAUACAGCAUCCAGACAAGAUCUCGAAAUCAUUUGAUCGAAAGGUUAUGCCCCUUCCGCAAAUAUUACUGGAGUGGCUUGAAAGAAAACACAACCCAUACCCUUUGCAACUCCAGGAGCUCGCAGCCACGAAACCCAGUCCCUCGAGCUCCAAACUUUUCUGGGAGUCCAUCUUCACUAACCUUCUUCGAGGCAAGGUUCUAGGAGUUAUUGAGAUUCUGAACAAUGCUGGAUGGAGGACUGCUCGAGUUGAUGACGAGACAUUGCGUACCCAGUUUGGACGAGUAGGAUACUUUGGCGCAGCUUUGGAGAAUGUCAAUUAUGUCGUGGAAGAGGCAGCCAAGGCCCUGAAGGAAUGCCCAGGAGUGCGAGGAGAUUGGAAUACCAAAAGUAGCGACUGGACACUCUUCCGCAUACAUAUGUCGCAAGCGCUGGAGAGACUGAAAAUGUAUGCCGGAGGCGACAAGAAAGGCACCAGCAACGUGGACCCUUCUUUAAAGUCCCCCAUGGCUGCUUCUUACAGUGAAAGAGCUCAGAAGGCAGAGAGCAGAGUGCCAUGGCUCGUCUAUCAGAAUCUGACCAUCAUGUACAAUCUUGUGUUGGGUGACAGGGACUCGAUUAUCGAAAAUUCAGAGGACUGGCUCGAAGCUACUACUGGGUUGAUGAUCUGGUGGGACGAAGGAAAAGAAGAUAGGCGCCUGGCCCUAGGUCGCCCCCAGAACAUGUAUCGUGCUGCUUCCAUGGAGCCUGAUGCUAUCUCUUACCGACGAAAGCUGCGAAGAUCGUUUCAUGUCGUCACAAACGGGCAGACUGAUUUUGAGGUCAAUACUGCCAGUGAGGUUGAGGUAUGUCUAGCAUCACUGUUUGAGGGAGACUUUGAAGCGGUUAUAGGCCUUAUGCGGGGAUGGUCAGGACCAAUUUCUUCUGCGGUUGCAGAGAUUGCUUCUUUGGGAGGAUGGCUGCCACAGACUGAAGAGAACAAUCUUAUCGAAAUGGAUAGUUUGGACGCAGAUGACUUGGAAACUCUUGGGCUUAGCUCCUCUCCAUCCAAGGUUGACGGGGUCAAGGACAAGACUCUUGUCGCAUACGCAAACUCAUUAGCAAAGCGGGGGGAGAUGAGAGCUACAGUUUCUGGGCGGGCUCAGACUCGCGAUGGAUGGGAGAUCUCUAUUGCAAUCCUGGGUCGACUGGAUUCCACGGAGCGUGCAAAAGAUCUAAUUCGCGACUUCUUGGGUAAAUUCUCGCUGGAUUCGGCCACGACGGUGGACAAGCUUUGGAAACUUCUCAAUGACAUCGACAUGCCUCACCAUGCCGAGCAGAUUGCAGAGUCAUACGCCACUAAACUCGCAGAAGGCACCCACAAUUACGGCGAGGCCUUGUGGUACUACGCUCUGUCGCACCAGAGCCAGAAAGUCAAGGACGUAUUGGAUUUGCUGAUGUCCAUGUCGUUAAUCCAAUCGACUGCGUGCCCCGCAGCUGCUGAGAUGGAUGAGUACCUCCGCAAUCUGGUCUCGUCACCUCAGAAUGCUCUGAAUGAGAUUUCUAGACUUGAUCUCGAGGCCGCCGAGCUACUCCAUAAAUCCCUCAGUGGUUACGCUACUUUGCGGAAAUUCUACGAUUUGCGAGACCAGGGUCUAAUGACUUCUCAAAGCAAGGCCCAAUUGGGUCCCGUGGCCCGGAAGAUGGAGGCCGCCUCGUCUCUUCUGGCCGUCAUAACUAGCUCAGAUGAUAGUAUUCGCGGAGGAUUAUACGACGAAGAGCGAGGGGCAGUAGUUAACGUCGACUUCCUUCUUGCACUGCUAGGCGAGGCUCUGGUUUUUGUCAACCAGUCUGACUACCAGCUCACGGCACAGCAAAUUGACACCCUGCUUAAGGCAAUUGAGGACCUCCAGGCUGUGGGACCGCGGAUAUACUCCAAUUGCACCGAGUUCUUGCAGGCCGUUAUAGCAUCAGGGCAAGGACUCAAGGGUUCAUCCCCUACCGACCUGCUACGAAUGUCAACAUCGAGUAUCAGUGGUAUCAGCGGUAGUUUUUCCAUGGUGGGGAGUUCAAUGCUUGCAUCACAACUAAAGCAAUCGAUGCGCGGCAGUGGUACGGCGGCAACAGGCCCUGUUAAGCGUGGCUGGGACUGGCGACAUGGCAUCUCUGCCAGCACUACCGGGGACGAUUUGUUACGGAUUUUGAGGCUUGGGCUGGCCAAGGAUUUGGCUAAGGCGUAUUUGCUGGAGUCGGACAGCAGGAUGUAG